AUGCGAUCUCCUCUACUUGCACCGCUACACUGCCGUGAGAACCAUCAUCUCCACAUUGCAACGCUGCUGCACUCCUCCCUCACCGCCGUCCAGAUCCGACGUCCCUCCGGGAGAUUUCAUAGCAUUCUCAACGUAGCUGCGGCAGUGGUCAACGCCUCAGACUUCGCCUCCUUGACUGGAACGCUGGCGAUCGACCACCAAGAUCUAAUGGGACGGAGUCUCCGGUGUCGGCGCAGUCGCUGGCAACGAACUGCGGAGAGCGAGCAACUCUCGGGCAGGGAAUCAUGUGAUCACUCGUGUGCAGACUCCACCGACUCCUCAGAGGGCGCAGAUUCGACGACUUCCUCUUCGUCGACAGCAUCAACGGUUCUCAAGGAUUGUAAUAUAUUGCGAGAUGGCGGGAACAAAGGUAUUCAAAUCGGACGAUGGAGAGUGCUAUGCGGGUUGGGGCCUCGAAUGCAGAUUCAUCUGAGCCCAUCAGAUCCAAAAUUUCCAAGUUGGGCAUGGGCAAUCAUGUAA